ACGAGGGUACACAGAGGCGCCUCCGUCCCCAGCCGCGUAGCCGCCGCGGUCGCCGGGUCGGCGGGCUGGACCGGCCGCGGUCGCUGCCGACCUUCUCCAGGGCGGAGCGGGCUGCCGGCGCCAUGAGCCAGAGGCAGGUGCUGCAAGUGUUCGAGCAGUACCAGAAGGCGCGGACCCAGUUCGUGCAGAUGGUGGCGGAGCUGGCGACCAGACCCCAAAACAUGGAGACUCUGCAGAACGCGGGUGUGAUGUCCCUGCUGCGGCCCCUUCUUCUGGACGUGGUCCCGACGAUUCAGCAGACGGCGGCCCUGGCCCUGGGCAGGCUGGCCAACUACAACGAUGACCUGGCCGAGGCGGUCGUGAAAGGCGACAUCCUCCCACAGCUUGUCUAUUCACUGGCCGAGCAGAACCGUUUCUAUAAGAAGGCAGCGGCCUUCGUGCUGCGCGCAGUGGGCAAGCACUCUCCGCAGCUCGCCCAGGCCAUCGUGGACUGCGGGGCGCUGGACACGCUGGUGAUAUGCUUGGAGGACUUCGACCCUGGGGUCAAGGAGGCUGCGGCCUGGGCCCUGGGCUACAUCGCGAGACACAACGCAGAGCUGUCGCAGGCCGUGGUGGACGCGGGAGCCAUCCCUCUCCUGGUCCUCUGCAUCCAGGAGCCGGAAGUCGCCUUGAAAAGGAUCGCGGCCUCGGCCCUCAGCGACAUUUCCAAGCACUCUCCAGAGUUAGCCCAGACCGUGGUGGACACGGGCGCCAUCGCACACUUGGCCCAGAUGAUCCUCAACCCCGACGCCAAGCUGAAGCGCCAGGUCCUCUCAGCUCUCAGUCAGAUAGCAAAGCAUUCUGUGGACCUGGCCGAAAUGGUGGUUGAGGCAGAGAUUUUUCCGGUUGUGCUCACCUGUCUGAAGGACAAAGAUGAAUACGUGAAGAAAAACGCUUCCACUUUAAUUAGAGAGAUUGCAAAACAUACACCUGAGCUUUCGCAGCUGAUAGUUAACGCGGGAGGAGUUGCCGCGGUGAUCGACUGUCUGGGGUCCUGCAAGGGGAACACCAGGCUGCCAGGCAUCAUGAUGCUCGGGUAUGUGGCCGCCCACUCGGAGAACCUGGCAAUGGCCGUGAUCAUUUCCAAGGGCGUGCCCCAGUUGUCCAUCUGCCUAUCGGAAGAGCCCGAGGACCACAUGAAGGCCGCGGUGGCAUGGGCCCUGGGGCAAAUCGGGAGACACAGCCCAGAGCACGCCAGGGCGGUGGCCACCACCAACACGUUGCCCGUCCUGCUGUCCCUGUAUAUGUCGGCCGAGAGCUCGGAGGACCUUCAAGUGAAGAGCAAAAAGGCAAUCAAGAACAUCCUGCAGAAGUGCACCUACCUGCCGGCCCUCGAGCCCUUUCUCUAUGACGCGCCCCCCAAUAUUCUGAAGCACGUGGUCGGGCAGUUCAGUAAGGUGCUGCCGCACGACAGUACAGCGCGCCGGCUCUUCGUGACGAGCGGGGGCCUGAAGAAGGUGCAGGAGAUCAGGGCGGAGCCCGGGUCUCUCCUGCAGGAGUACAUCAACAGCAUCAACAGCUGCUACCCCGAGGAGAUCGUCAGGUAUUACUCCCCUGGAUAUUCGGACACCCUCCUCCAGAGAGUGGACAGCUUCCAGCCCCUCAUCCAGUGACGCAGAAGAUUUAUGAAGAACAGUCGCUCAAGUGCUUUCUUAAUUUUCAAAUAAGUGCAUGAUAGAUUUAUGCAGUGCAAAAUACAUUGAGAUAACAUUUUCUAAAUUUUUGUAAUACUUUAAAAAUUAGUAGCUUGGUUUUAUGAAGUGGUGAUUUUCAUAAGUAGGAUUUGCUCUAAAGGUAGCUUAAAGUAAAGGCAUUCAAGCAUUCUAAGGCACUUGUUACUGUUGUGUUAAAACCACACACCCCCCUCGACGAGAUGUAAGUGAGAGAUGGGGCUCCAGCCCCCUUAGUGACUUUGGCCAGUUCCAUGUAGGCACAGGAAAUCUGGCCUUGCAGCUUCCACAGUGGGGCCGAGGCAGGAAAUAGUGGAAAGAAGAGCCAGAGGCAGGAGCCUGGGCCUGGAAGUGAUCCUGGUCCCGUGUGCCGUAGCCUGGCGCACAGAGCCGGGCACCUGCCGGGCUCCCCGAGGGCCUCCCGGUGCUCACGGGGCUGCCCGGCCCCCUUCUCACCCCGCCUAAACCGCCCCUCACCUUUAUGGUGUGCGAGACUGCUUCACACAGGCCUCCCUUGGCACGGAGCGGUCUCAGUCUGGCUUGUUGGUGAACUAAGUCAGCGUGUAAACUGUGCCCUCUGUUGCCCUGUCGUCCCCAGCUUCACGUUCCCACUUUCACAAGUCACAUUGUCGGAGGUUUAAGGAGUAGUUUGAAAAGAACGCCAUCAGGCUUAGACUUUACGUGCAUUUCACUGAGGAAGCUCGGUGGAGGUAGGGGAGAAAGUCAAUGAAAUUUAAAAUGAAAGCAGCAUUACAGAUGUCCUUUUCAUUCUUCCCCUCUCCUGUGUCUGGAGCACUUUGGGGAUGGACUUGGGAGUCUCGGUUUGGUGGUGGUGUGUCUUUUCCAGCCGCCCCACCCUCACCCCCACACCUGAAGAGGACAUGGACCCACGCAGAUUGCCCCGAGGCCGCAGGGUUUCCAUGCUGGCCCGGUGUCCUCCAAAGGAACCUACCCAUUUAGUUUUGGUAUAUUUUCUGGGUUCAUCUCUGUCAUCAUUAUUUGCCACAUCUUUUUAAACCUCACCAUGCCCAAGAUUGCCCUAUUUCUUUUUGCUUUAAAUCAGUCUAGGAUUGCUUAUGCUUUGACAUUUUAUUACUUCCUUGGGCCUAUUUUCUUUCCUUGCAGUAAUUUGAUUCAUUGCAUAGGAAAAUGUAAUUUUUAUCCCCAAUUUUGUAGCUUUCCUCCUUCCAGCUCUUUCCUGCCUGCCCAGCUUGUCUUAUGACUCUUUAAAAAGCCUGAGAAAAUGGAGUCAUUUUCAUCUUUCUUCACCAAGACCGUUUUCCAUGGAUGACUGUUGAUAAAAACUACAGUGAUGUGGGUGGUGGGUUUCCUUUUACGUCUUUCUUGAAGUUUCUCACUUUGUCCCUCAUUUCAUACUUAACAAUCAGUUAACCUAAGAAAAUAAUGAAGUGUUUAAUAGUGUUAGGAUGGGUGCUAUAAUUUAAUCAUAUGCAACUUGGAAAAUUUAUGAGAUGAACUGCUCCUUGACAUACAAUACUUAAAGCAAAAUAAAGCCUUCUUUACCUUUUGAAAUGUCUACCUUAAGAACUUUUUUAAAAAAAAAAAGGCAAAAUCUUUUCUUUUUGUUCUAGAGCAAAAAUAGUAUCUCUCAUCGAUGGGGUUCUCUGAUAGUUUCACUCCU